AUGGAGACUCAGUACGAUCAGGUAACGUUAACUGAGCGGCCGUUAGCUGCUAAUGUGGCUAACAGUGUAGCUCUGGUGUUGUUUACUUUUGUCAAGACGCCGUAGCUACCAGGUGAUAAAAACCUGGGGCUGCUUACUUGCUUAUUGUAAUGUCAUUCAAUACACAAGUUUCCCGAUGGAGAAUGGCUUAUCUUACCUUGGUAUUUAAACUAUUCAGGAAUAAAUGGGGUUGUUAACGCUGGAGGCUGUUUGGGAAAUAUGUAGCUGCAUAACUAUGGUGGUGCAAUCUUGUUUUUUUUGAUUGAGUGAUUAGUUAGAUCAGGAGCAACAGCCCUCUUGCAGUGUUCAAAGCUGCCUUCAACACCUCACCCUCUUCCAGAUUUUAGACUCACCAUCCAAAAACAGCUACAUUGGGAGCUAUUACCAACCCCCAGACAGGAUACUACCGAUACCAAGACAGCUGGAGUUCACUGCUCACUCAUCCAUCAGCAUGGACCCAAACAUGUCUCAGACCAAACCCAGUGUCGACAGCAAAGGUACAGCAAACCUGUAAUGCAAAGCUCCUUGUCCCAUACGGUUAUAAUUGCAUUGGUAGUUCUUGUCUCUCAUUGUUGAUACCUCAAAAGCUGUUGUAGAAGCACUGAAGACCCUUCAGGAGAAAAUCAAUCGAUUGGAGCAGGAGAGGAUUCAAGCAGAGAAGAGCUACAGGGAGUUUCCACACAGUGCUGAAAAACACCAGCAGGCCGCAUCGUCUAACACAGUACUCAGUCAUCCAGCAGCAAGACAGUCUGGCACAGAUAACUCUGGAAGGAAAGGUACAACACACUCCCGUUAGGAGUUUUAAAUUUACCACAUUUACAGAUAUGUUUUAAAGAAAUGUGUGUGUGUGUUCGUGGGGACAGAAGUUGACCCAAGGGUACAGUCUGCAGAGGCACGGUGCAAGGUUCUAGAGAAGCAGCUGGAUUACAUGAGGAGGAUGGUUGAAAGUGCCAAAAAGGGGAGGAAUAUUACUGAGAAGAAACAGGUACUUAUAAAUGUUAUGAUCUAAGGUAAAAGACUCAUACCUGAAUCUGUCUUUAAAGGGAUAUUCCGGCGUAAAAUUAAUCUAGGGUCAAACACAUCUUAACACCGAGUGAGGCACCCCCUAGAGAGAUGAAUGUUGUUCAUGCCAACCGCUUGCUUCUCUAGUAAUACCAAUUUAAGUAACGACCGAAGGAUAGCGAAACACAGCGGUCUGAGGAGCCAUGAACAAACCUCAACCAAAACACAAAUUGUUCAUUACUUUAUCAUUUUCUUGAAGUAAUAAUCAUCAUAAUAAUAAUUUUGCACUGCAGACGCGAUAGUUCUUCUGCAUUAGCAUCUCGGUCUGAUUGCAUUUCCACGAAGAAAUGAUCAUAAAUGUAGUAGUUUGUAACAGACUGGCCUGAGAUCUCGCUACAAACAAGCGGCUGCUGGAAGAGAGUAGUUGCGUUAAGUCUCUUUGCUAAAGAUAUUAGGCAGAAUUAAAAAGAUGUUUGGUGGCUAGUACUAUGGCUAGGACCCUAUAUGUACUGUUGAUGAAGUUAGGUGCUGUUCUGAGCAUUUUUUGUGGCUAUAGAGUGAUGUUUUGGUUGAGGUUUUUUUAUGGCUCCUCAGACCGCUGUGUAUUGCUAUCAUGCGGUCGUUACUAAAGUUGGUAUUACUAGCGAAGCAAGCGGUCGGCAACAUUCAUCUCUUGAGGGGGUGUCUCACUCUGUGUUAGGUGUGUUUGUCCAUAACUUAAUUUAACGCCGGAAUAUCCCUUUUAAAAUAUUCUGUAGAUGAAUUCAAGUCUUGAAAUAUUAAGUGAAAUUAAGGUUACUCCUUUGCCAUUCAUGCUGCAUAAUUUCUCAAUACAGUGCUAGUGGCAAAAAUUAAUGCAUGUUACUAAAUCGACAUACCACCUGUGUUCAAUUUCCCUCCAGGCUACUCUGCAGAGUCAGCAACCCACCAGCUCAAACAGCCAAUCUCAGCGGGAGAAGCUGGAAAAACUUGAAUCAGAAUGUCUCAAAUUGAGUAGGACCCAAACUGUGGCAGAGGUAAUUUCUGCUUGAAGCUGUUCGUCAUAAUACUGAUGAUCACAAGCUGAAUGAUAAUCAUAGUAAUAAUAUUGUCAUGGUGACAAUGAAAUGUUUCUUUCAGAUGAAGCUUGCAAUUUUGGAACAGAAACUACUAAAGGAAGAGCAUGAGCGUAAACUUGUGCAGGAGAAAGCCGAUGAGGUCUGUAAAGUAGUUUCUGAUCCACUUUGCGUAAAAUGUACAUAUUCAGGAAUAAGUCCGGAAAGAUAAACAGUGUUGUAUCAUUGGGUUUUGUUGCUGUUACUUCCUAAUGCAUAACGUCUUGUAAGUUAGAAGAAAUUUUGAAUGAUUUUCCUCCAAAAUAAUCCUUUAAAAAAGAAAAAGAAAAAACCUGUUUAUUUGAAGUCUCACCAUGCUACUGAUUUCAUGUUCGCAGCUGCAGCGGGAGUUGGACAUAAAUCUUCGAUUGUCUUUGCAAAACUCUGAAGAGAUCAAGCCUAAGAAAUCAAAAAAGACAACCAAGGUAUACUCUUGGGAUAUUGCUAUCUAACUCCUUGUUGUAGUUGAUGAAAACCAUGUUUAUUUCAUACAGUUGCAAUCACGGCUGUUUUUCACCCUCAGAAAACACCCAAACAGAAUGAGUUGGCAUCACCGAGGCUCAAAAAACUGCCCUUUGUGGCAGGAACUGUAAGUCAUUCUUCAUGCCCUUUCAAACAUGUUUUUUUUUUUCUUCUUUUCUUAACUCCAUUUGAUUGGUUUUUCUCUUCCCUAUCAUUUGUAGUCAACAAGUCCAAGCCAUUCAGUCCACGCAAAUGUGCAGAGUAUACUUCACAUGAUGAAGCACCAUCAGCCCCAGCUGUGUGAGCGAGUUAGCUCCCUGCACAAGUCAGGUGUAACGGUCAAGAAAAGCCUGCAGAAGCACUUCCCUGCAUCUACCACCACAUCUCAGAAGUCUGGCAAGGAACCUCAAGAAGAAGAACAGCCAUUGGGCUCGCUGUCGGACCUGCUGCUGGCUCUGCAGGAUGAGCUGGGACAGAUGAGCUUGUGAGUACUCUCUUUGAAAUUGUUCUGUUUCAUUUUUACACAUCAGUAAUCUGUUUUUGUUUUUUUUGUCAGUGAGCAUCAGGAGUUGUCAGGUCAGAUAGAUGCUGCUAAAAGCCGUGAACAGAGGCAGGAUCUGGAGAGAGAGCUGGAGAGGUUGGUGGCAAGAAUGGAGGAGAAGGGAGUUCAGAUCACAAAGCUCCGCAACCACCAGAAAACAGUAUGUAUUACAUCUUUUUUUUCCAGGGACACAACAGUAAAUGGGUUUUUACAGCUCUAUGUAAUCUUAGUACAUCCAGAUUAUUAUUAUUUGGAUAACAGGUACCUAAACGGUUUCUGUCUUCUAAACAGAUCCAUAAACUGACCAAAAGUCAGCCAUGUGCUGAGGAACACACAGCCAAGAAGAUGAGUGAAAUUGAACCGCCUGCUCCUUCUCCUGUAAAGUCCAAACAGAAAGGAAAGAAAAGUGGAACUGCUCGCAACCUGCAGCUCCUCAAAGAGACCCAGAAGUUCCGAAACAGCCUCAAACAGGACGACCUCUCCUGGGAAACAUGA